GAUAUCUAUUUUAUACUGGAUUGGCUUGCCAUACCGUCCUAACCAAUGUCUACUACCCCACCAUUCACCAGGUCAUCCCCCAGAUCGCUACAGAAGAAAUCAAGUCUCUCACUUACAAAAAUGACACUAAUGCUACUCAGUCGUACACAGUUGAAACUUCCAAAACCAUAACAAAGAAGUCAUCCUGGUCUGUGGCGAACAAAAUGGAAACAACUUUUAGUAUGAGUGUUCAAGCAGGAAUCCCAGAGAUUGCUCAGGUGUCCUCUAGUUUCGGCUUUACGUUGGGAGUAGAAAGUUCUUAUGGCUUAGAGAACACAGAGGAGAGAAGAGAGAACUUGUCAUUUCCAGUUCAAGUCCCUCCUAGAAAAAGCGUAAAGGUUGACAUCACCAUUGGUAGAGCUACAGUGGAUCUUCCCUACACAGGAACAGUGGAGAUCACUUGUUACAAUGGAAGUGUUAUUAACUUCAGUACCAGUGGUGUGUACAAGGGGGUCACUUACACUGAUGUAAAAGCCAUUGUGAUAGAAAAUUAAGUAUUUUUCAAACAAAGCUUUCAACUUUGUUUUUGUUAAUUAAAAAUUGCAUUUGACUCCAUACAUUUUCA